AUGUCUCGUAAAGAUUUGUCGUUGGUUGAAAAAAUUUCCAUUUUGGACAAAAUUAAGUCUCAACCUCAUAGUCUUCGUGAGUUAGAGAAAUUAAUAGGCACGUCUAAAUCGGUACUAAGCCGAUUGAAAAAUAAUGAAAAAGCUAUUCGUGAACAAUGGGAAAAAUUAAACGACAGCAAUAGUGCACCUGUAAAUAGAAAAAAAAGCGGGAAGGCAAAGAUCCCGAAGUAGACAAAGCUAUGAACGAAUGGUUUUCUGCUGUUACAGAACGUGGUGUUCGUAUUUCGGGCCCCAUGUUACAGCAGAAAGCUGAAUUUUUUGCUGAAAAAAUUGGACAUGGUAAUUUUAAGGCCACAGAAGGUUGGAUGAGUCGUUGGAAGGAUCGGAAUAAUAUUAAAUUCAAGCGAUUUCACGGAGAAAAAUCAAGUGCUGAUUCAAACGGAGCUGAUGAAUGGUCUUUAACUAAAUUACCGGAAAUUCUUAAAAAAUUUUCCCCUCAGGACAUUUAUAAUGCCGACGAAACUGGUUUAUUCUACCGAGCGACUCCGGAUGGUUCUUUGUGCUAUAAACGUGAAACACUCGAAGGAUCAAAAAAAGCUAUGGAUCGUAUAACAGUUUUGUGUUGUUGUAAUAUGGCGGGCACAGAUAAAAAAAAGUUGUUGAUAAUCGGAAAGUCCGCAAAGCCAAGAUGCCAACAACUUCACUAG